AUGUCCAAGCUCGACCUAGUGUCCCGCUUCGAUGCAAUCAAUGCCCUGCAGACUCAGGAAACUCAGGAGACCGCCCUCAAGAAGAUGACCUUCGAGGACUUGGGAUGUCAGACAGUGUUGUUUGGAGAAGCCAAGAAGGGUCAGAAGUUCUCAGAAGUGGUGCAGAAAGACCCAGCCUACCUACUGCCGUUGUACCUGACUCUGUGGGUGGAACAAAAGGAACUCACCUUGGGCUUGGACACCGUCGAGGAAACCCCAGCUGGAAAUCCUCCGGAGAGUUCCUGUGUGUACCCCAAGGCCAAAGCCAAGAGUCAUGGGAAACCUUCCAUGCCGCCAGUGACUAUCGACCUCGAGCUGGAGGACGAAGAAUGCUGGGAUCGCCUGUCUCAGCCAAUGCUCCUCAAAGAGAACGAGAAUGCCCAGAGACUGGAUCAUCUAGAAGGGGUACUGAGCGAAAUUGUGAAUCAGCUGCAGGCCACUGAACCUGUGGUCAAACGCCGUCGUUUGGCCUUCAAGGUGACCAAUCCACCUGGCUACCCGGAGCAGCCGCCUCCUGCGAUUGUGCUGCCAAAUUCAAUGCCGAGCGAAGCGCCCAAGUCUGAAAGUGAGAGCCGGAAUCCCAAUGCAGAUCUCGAAAUGCCAAAUGAAGUCUAUCGACAAGUGUUGCAGCAAGCUCUGUUACAAGCCCCACGAGUAGCCUGCAUAGACAAAGCCUUGAGCCUGACCUUAGUCCUUGGGUCCACUGGGAACGCCUGA